AUGGUGACUUCUGGCGUCGUCGAUGCCGAAUCUGGGAUGUCUGACUUCUCUUUCGCUUGGAAAGAUGACUACGCGCAGGCAAACUUUGACUUUGAAAUCGCCGUCGGUUCGCACGACCCCAACCGGUUAUUUAGUUUGUUGAACCACUAUCCGUGGCACUUAGAAACGCUGUUGCGGAUAUCCGAGCUCUAUCAUUACAGCGGACAAGCGCAAGAAAGCUCGGAAAUUCUCGAAAGAUGUUUGUACGCGUGCGAAAGAGCUUGGCAUCCGAAUUUCACCGCCGCGGCUUCGAGUGGGCUUGCGCACUUGGAUGCGUCGCAACCUGAAAACAAACCGAUGUUCGAGGCACUGUUUCGGCACGUCAUCGCGCUCACUCGUCGUGGAUGUCACAAAACUGCGUUGGAAUGCGCGAAACUAUGCCUCGGAUUGGACCACACUGACCCGAAAGGCAUGCUACACAUGAUUUCGUACUUUGCACUCCGAAGCGGGGAAGAAGAGUGGUUGCUCAGAUUUGUCGAAGAUUUCGGGCACAAGCGUUGGGUCGGUGGGAAAUGGGAAUUGCAUGGUAGCUUGCUCAACUUCCCAGACUUUGCAUACAGCAAAGCCAUGGCUCUGUACACCAUCGCCGACGACAUCAAAGUCGCUGAUGCCGAGCUGUUGAAGGCGAUGCUUACAUAUCCGUAUGCCCUCACCGCGACACUCAUGCGUCUCGAAGCCGCCGUCUCGAGCGACAAAGAUUGGAAAGAAAUCCUCGCGCAUGAGCAUUUCGAUUUUUCCAACUGCGCGCUCGACUCCAGAAGUCUCGAACACGUGAGCGACAUUUUCGCCACCCGCCACCAUCUACUUUGGCGUCCAGAUCCCAUCUUACAUUGGGCCAAGCGCGUCGCUCGCAGCGCUAUCCAGCUCGUGGAUUCCAUGAAGCCCUCAGACAUGAUUGACGGACUGACGGCUGCCGAAUUCGUGACGAUUUCCCUUCAAAACUGGCCCGCGAGUGAAGAAAAUGAUUUCACCCAUCUCGUAGACGACGAUUUCACCGACGUCGUCAAGCGCGCCCUUCCCGAGGACGAUCCCUUGGCUGCGCGCGGACCAAACGACCCGGAUCAUUUCUCCGACGACGACGACGGGGACGAAUUUUAG